AGGAGAAUUAUGGCAGGAGGAGUGUUUGCCGUUGACGGAAAUGACAAUGGCUUUGGGGGGAGGAUAACGGCGUCAGUGGUGAUCACCUGCAUCGUUGCUGCUUCUGGUGGCUUACUUUUUGGCUACGACAUCGGGAUCUCAGGAGGAGUGACAACGAUGAAACCUUUCCUCCAAAAAUUCUUUCCAUCAAUACAAAGGAAGAUGUUAGCAGCUGAGAAAAACGUUUACUGUAUCUUCGACAGUCAAGUUCUCACAUCAUUCACAUCUUCACUAUACAUAGCUGGGAUGGCUUCAUCCCUUGUAGCUAGUCGCCUCACAAGAGCUUUGGGUCGCAGAGCCACCAUGAUUCUCGGUGGUUUCAGCUUCUUCACUGGAGCGGCCAUCAAUGGUGCUGCAGUUAAUAUUGCAAUGCUCAUACUGGGCCGCAUUUUUCUUGGAUUUGGUGUUGGUUUCGCUAACCAGGCAACUCCCGUGUACCUAUCAGAGAUGGCGCCAUCAAAAUGGCGCGGCGCGUUCAACGCGGGCUUCCAAAUGUUCCUUGGCAUAGGUGUUGUUGUAUCUAAUGCUUUGAACUACGGCUCAGCUCGGCUCGAGUGGGGUUGGCGCCUCUCACUUGGCUUUGCAGCCUUACCUGCACUGGUCAUGACAAUUGGUGCCCUACUCAUUUCCGAUACUCCGAGCAGUCUUGUGGAGCGUGGCAAGCUAGAAGAGGCCAAGCGUUCACUACACCGAGCUCGAGGAAUUGACUCGGAUAUACAAGCCGAGCUAAACAUUAUCAUCAAGGCAACUGAAGCCAUGAAAGCCGCAGAUCAAGAGCAGUUCAAGACCAUAUUUGAGAGGCAAUAUAGGCCCCACCUUGUGAUGGCCGUGGCGAUACCUUUAUUUACACAGCUUACAGGUAUUAAUGUGGCAGCGUUUUACGCGCCGGUCCUCUUCCAAUCCGUUGGCUUCGGUAGCAGUGCGGCUCUCAUGGCGUCUCUAAUAUUGGGGAUGGUCAACCUCUGCGCUCUUCUCGUGUCAACCGGUAUAGUGGACCGGUAUGGUCGGAGAGUUCUGUUCUUGCAGGGUGGGACCCAGAUGAUCCUUUGCCAGGUGGCUGUGGCUAUUGUUCUAGCCGCUAAAUUAGGAUCCUCUGGGAAUGAAAUUAUGUCUAAGAACUAUGCCAUUUUGGUACUGGUGUUGAUGUGCGUAUACCAAGCUGGAUUUGGUUGGUCAUGGGGUCCCCUGAGCUGGCUCAUACCAAGUGAGAUAUUUCCAUUAAAAAUUCGGCCAAUUGGUCAGAGUAUAAGUGUUGCCACAAACUUUGCUGCCAUGUUUGUGCUUUCACAGACCUUCUUGACCAUUCUAUGCCACUUCAAGUUUGGCAUUUUCUUGUUCUAUGCCGGAUGGAUUGUAAUAAUGACCCUCUUUAUUGCUCUUUUCUUGCCUGAGACUAAAGGAGUUCCUCUUGAAUUGAUGCACACUGUAUGGGAGAAGCACUGGUAUUGGAGAAGGUUUGUUAAUUGUGAAUCAUCGACGACGACAUUGCCGAAACAAAUGGAUUGAUUUUUGUAAAUCACAUUCAU